AUGGACCACUACAACAACAACCUCAGCUCCAUUCUGGACAUUCAUGCCCCACUGAAGACCCGGACUGUCAACUUCACCCGCUCAGCUCCCUGGUACACCAACCAGCACAGGGCCAUGAAAAGGUCAGGCCGUGUCCUGGAGCGGGCCUAUACUACAUCUGGGCUGACGAUGCAUAAGUUGGCCUACCGGGAACAUCAGAAAUCCUACGCAAAAGCACUCUCAUCAGCAAGUUGCGUUCCCAUCACACCCCAACAGUAA